CUACACCUGUGGCACUGACUAACCUCCAUAUCAACCCGGAGCGGACUGAGGAGCUCGCCUGGGCACGCACUGCGCAUGCCCAUGGGAUUAACUUGCUGAAGCGGACAAGUACAAAGAGGCCGCUGGUAACAGUGUGCACGGGAUCGAAGUGUAACCUUGUAGGGGUUUGUGUGAAGUUUUUACAUGAUCCGGACUGUUAAACCUCGAAUAAUCUGAUUCCCAGGACACUCAGAUGAGUUAACCGAGAGGAGGAGUUGCAUUCAAGUCCCAGACGAGCCUGGCAGGCUCCUGGCUUCGGUUUGCAGGUUGCAUGGUAAUCUGGGUUUGAUGCAUGGCAGUUGCAUGACCGCAGUAGGUCUCGUGGAACAGAGAGCACACAGCUGCAGCCAUGGCUGAAACCAUGCACGUGAAUGGCAAUGCCCCAGAAAGAGGACAAAGAUGCCCGAGCACACAAGAUGACAAGGACUCCGCGGCCCCCUAUUAUGUUGAGACGCCCUACGGUUAUCAGUUAGACCUGGACUUCCUCAAAUAUGUCGAUGACAUUGAGAGGGGCAACACCAUCAAGAAGCUGAGUAUCCAGAGGAAGCCCAAAGUGACCAAACCCUUGGCAGGGCCUCGGGGCAGCACUCAGGCUGAAUGGACCUCUACAGACUCUCUGUCCUCCUCCAACAGCGAUGACAAGCAGUCCCCGGUCUUCUUCACCUCCAAGCCCCCAGUUGCUGCGCCGCUGACCCCCACGCUCUCCAGGGCAGCCUGUGAAGUCCCCUUGCAACAAUCCUACUGGAGCAUCACAGAGCAGAAACGGCUUCUGCCACCUCCUUCACCCAGGUUGGCCACUCGUCACAACCCCCAAGUGGAGAAGACCCUCAUGGAGACCCGUCGUCGGCUCGAACAGGAGCGUCUGCUCAUGCAGCGUCUCGCCAGCUUUGGUGGCAUGGGCUCAAACAGCUCCCUGUCCUCGUACUCGGGCUCCAUGGCCCCAAGCCAGAUCUCUCCCAGCUCCCUUCAGCCUCUGCCAAUCAAUGGUCACCUCCCCAAUGGAGAGUAUAACCCUUACUACCCACCAUCCAUGGGAGGCUCCAUCCGUCACAGCCCCAUGAGCUCUGGCAUGGCCACACCUGUGACUAACGUCAGCCCGUUACACCUCCAGCAUAUCCGGGAGCAGAUGGUGAUAGCCCUCAAGAGACUGAAAGAGCUGGAGGAACAGGUGAAAACCAUUCCUGUCUUACAGGUUAAGAUUGCAGUUCUACAGGAAGAGAAAAGACAACUGGCUGGUCAGACCCGAAGUCAAGGUCCUGGUGGUUUCCGAAAGCGCUCCUACAGUGUAGGCAGUGCUGAUCAAAUGGAGAAUCCAGGCCCCCUCCAGAAGGAACCAGAGCUGCACAUUAUGGAGCCUGAAGCCCAGGAACGGAAUGCUCAGCGGCUGGAGGAGUUCAGGCGUCUGGCUGCUGAGGUCCAAGCUCUGGAGAGGACCACCUUGGAUAAUAGUACACCUGAAACUCAGCCUCUCAGCCUCACCCAAAACCAAGCCCACCAGAAAUCCAUUGGCAUACUUACUGAUGAAAACAUGAACAACCUUCCUGUCACUCAGAGGAAGCUGACUAAUGAACGUUGUUUCCGGGAUACAGGAGUAUCGACGGAGCGUCAGGUAAUGCAUACCGCUGCGGUUGGCGUGACUGAGGCAAUGCUGGGCAUGACAAGUGAAGCCGAGAGAGAGAUUGAGCUCCAGCAGCAGACCAUCGAAGCACUGAAGGAGAAGAUCUACCGUCUGGAGGUGCAGCUGAAAGAGACCACUCAUCAGAUGGAGAUGGGAAAGCUAAAACUGGAGCUCCAAGCAGCCGGUGGGUCAACCAAGAAAAAAGCAGACAAAGGUUUGAUGGCCAGGCCUGAGAUGUACAAUGCCUGUGUGGAGGCCAGAGUCCAGAUGUGCAGUCAGGGAGUGGGUGACCAUCUGGAGUUCAGCCAUGUUAGGACAGCUAAAACUGUACAAACCCAUAGUGUCGGUGUGACCUGUCAGCCCAGUGUACAGAGCACUGCCACAGGCCCAGAGAUCCCUGUGGACAGGUGGGUGGUGCAUGAGCGUGUGGAGCUGAGGGACCAGUGCGUGGGGAGGUGGGUGGAGAUGUGCCAUCAGCAGGUGGGGGUGGAGCUGAAUGUAUGUGAGGUGGGAGUUAACACAGAGGAAUCAAUGGACAGCUUGGCUCUCUGCAAACCCAUGACAGAGCUGAGCAAACAGUCCAGAUCAGUUGGCUGUGGAGAUGGUUCAGUCAAUGUAAUUGUGAGUCCCAUCAAGACGCUGGUGUCGCAAGGAACUGAGCCCGAGUCCGUCAACAAGGUGGACUCUAGUGUCAUGGCUGCUCCUGAGUCAGCAAUUAAACAGACCAAUACUGAGACAGAAGUUGUACACAAGUCCACUAACACUAAAACAGCUGUCCUCAUGGACGCAUUCACUGACAUGGUGUGGAAUACUUGUGACAAGCACACCAACACAGCUGUGACUGAAAUGAGGACAGUCGCUGCUGGGGAAGGACUCGUCAAAGACAUUCACUCAACAGCAAAGAUGCGUUCGAUUGCCAUUGGAACCACCACAGACAUGGAGUCAUUACUGUCCAAAUCCUGCUCAACUAAAACUAAAGAAUGCGGGGUGGGUCCAGUUAACAUUCAUGAGAAUUUCUUGGUUGGAUUGAAGACCCGAACCAUCGCAUGUGGCCCCUCCCAGCCAACUGUAUCUGUUGCAAACAGCAAGGAGACUGUGGAGGUUAACACAGAGCCUGUGCCGCUGCAAGCUCAGGCCCAGGGAGGCGUCGGACUGGACCAUUACAUCGAGAGGGUUCAGAAGCUGCUGCAGGAGCAACAGAUGCUGCUAGCUCAGAACUACAGUGAGCUGGCAGAAGCUUUUGGUCAGCCCCAGUCCCAGUUCGGAUCCAUCAACAGUCAGCUGGUUAGCACGCUCUCAUCCAUCAAUUCAGUCAUGAAGUAUGGAAGUGCUGAGGACAUCGUCAAGCUGCAGUCAGACUCUGUGGGCUCAGACAGAGUGAGCAGUCAGCAGCUGUGCUCCCACUCUCUGUCUGGUCGGUCCGAGCGCUCACAGAUGGAGAAGACUUCAUCAGGCCUCACUCCAACAGAUCAACCUGCCAGCACACCCACGCAGCCGCAGCAGCUCAGUGGGGCCGAGCAGAAGAGUCGUAUGGACCUGCAGAUGUCUACAGCACUACAUGGGCAGCCGUGCAGCCAGAGCAGCCUGAAAUCUAUCAUGAAGAAAAAGGAUGGUCGAGUUGAAUCAAGUAGCACCAAGAAGAACCUGCAGUUUGUCGGGGUGAACGGAGGGUACGAGACUACAUCAAGUGACGACUCCAGCUCAGAGGAGAGCAGCUCCUCUGGGUCGGAUGAAGAGGAGGACGAUGAAGAGAAGCAGUAUGGAGGAGAGAAGAGGUGCAAGAAUGUGGAGGGAGAGAGCACCAGGGAGGAGUUUCAGCCCGAGGGAGCCGAGGAUGUAGAGAAGAAGGACGAUGAGGAGAGAAUGAAGAUGCAGCAGGACAGAGACAGGUAUGAGCUCAGUGAGAAGAUGCUGGCUGCCUGCACCGUUCUCAGAACUCACCUCAGUGACCCAAAGGCUGUGAGCAAUAAAGACCUGAGACCCUGUCUUAACACAGUGCAGCAUGAGUGGUUUCGUGUGUCCAGCCAGAAGGCGGCGGUGGCAGCCAUGGUUGAGGAUUACUUGGAGGCCUUUGGGGCCAUCUCGCCGGCCGUGCUCCGCCAUGUCGUCAACAUGGCCGACGGCAACGGCAACACGGCGCUGCACUACAGUGUGUCGCACUCCAACUUCCAGGUGGUGAAGAAGCUGCUGGAUGCAGAUGUGUGUAACGUGAACCAGCAGAACAAGGCGGGAUACACACCCAUCAUGCUUGCCGCGCUGGCUGCUGUGGAGACCCCAAAGGACAUGCAUAUUGUGGAAGAGCUCUUCAGCAAAGGCGACGUCAACGCUCGAGCCAGCCAGGCUGGUCAGACAGGGCUGAUGCUGGCGGUCAGUCACGGCAGGAUGGACAUGGUUCAGGCCCUGCUGGCUCACGGGGCCGACGUCAACAUCCAGGAUGACGAGGGCUCCACAGCGCUGAUGUGCGCCAGCGAACAUGGCCAUGUGGAGAUCGUUAAACUGCUGCUGGCUCAGCCUGGCUGUGACGCCACACUCAGCGACAGCGAUGAGAGUAAUGCCUUGUCCAUAGCUCUGGAAGCAGGACACAAGGACAUUGCAGUGUUGCUCUAUGCGCAUAUGAACUUCUCCAAAGCCCAGCCACCGGGAACACCUCGACUUGGCAGGAAGACGUCGCCCAGUCCCACUCGGAGGGGCAUGUUUGAUUAGAGGCCCCGCCUCUGUCCACGGACACUACGCUGCUAUUGGAUCACACUGAAUGGUGCCUUAGCCUCAGCUGGAAGGGGGGGGCUUGAUCCCAAGCACCAACUAACUAAUCAGCCAACCAACCAAUGAGAUUUCUGGAAAAAGUUUUGGAUUUAUGUGCACGUUUGCCUCUGUGACGAGCCCAAAGUGCCCUUGAGUUUCAGGCUGAAUGUAACCAGCGGCUGAAAUGUCUCAAAUAAUCAGCAAACUACUGAGUUCAGAUGAACACAGACACAAAUUCAACUACAAAAUGCCAUUUUGUUCCUAUAGUUGUUUAAGGAUUUCCUUUUUGUUUUAAAAUUUGACCUUUUUUUUUUUAUUUCUACAGCUCAAUGUUGAUCAUUAAGGAGCACCAAAACAUCUUAAAUUUAGAUUUUUACCUUUUUUUUUUUUUUUGAGAACACCAGAUUAGACGGGUGGAGAACUGCUCGCCGCGACACCCCGGUGUCACAUAUGUGCACCCAGCUCUACAGUAUGUGGAUGAAUGUGUUGGUGAAUAGAUGACAUCUAGACUGGAGAAAUUCUGCUUUUAUACAAAUCCUGCUUAUCUAUUUAAAAAGAAGAAUCACAGUAUUUUGAAUAUUUCCUAUUACUACCUAAUCCAUGAAGCUAUAUAUAUUUAUCAAAGUAUAGUUUUUAAUGCAGAUAUGUGUAUUUCAUUGUACAUAGUGGUCGUUAGUUUAGUUUAUUCUCCUGUUUGCCUCCAUGUCCAGCUUCUUUCGCUCCGUGUCUCAUAUGCAAGAUAAGCAGUCUUUCCUCCUGUAGUAUUCAUCAAGGUACUGACUUUCAUCUUGAAAUGAGAAUUGAAGUGCCUGACACUUUGCCAUGUAACAAUAAACCUGAUUAAAGAUUAUAGAUCAGUCUGUUCUCUAUCGGUGACCCACAGACCUUAAAUGUUACCAUUUAAUGGGAAUUGAACUGCACUGAGGACAGUGGUGGAAAGGAAGUAUGUUUACUUUUGCACACACACUUAAUUUUGAAGUACUUGCACUUGAGUAUUAUUUUAAGCUACUUUGAACUUCCACUCCAAUAAACUUCAGAGGGAAAUAUUUUACUG